CCUUUACCUAGAUAACAGGAUUGGUGAUGCUUGUGAAAAUGACUUUGAUAAUGAUGCUGUCUUUGACCAGUUUGAUGUCUGUCCUGAGAGUGCAGAGGUCACUCUUACUAAUUUCCGAGCCUAUCAGACUGUCAUUCUGGAUCCUGAGGGUGAUUCACAGAUUGACCCAAAUUGGGUAGUCCUCAACCAGUGACCUCCUGAGCGAAAAUGCCUGAAGUGGAUAUUGAAUAUCCUGCCAAUAAUCACCCAAACUUGAGUGUGGCCACUUGGAUGAGACACUUAAAGGAUCCUACAGUGAUGUGAGGAAUGGUGGAAAAAGAGCUAUUUAUUUGGUUGGUGUCACUGGUUGGUAACAUUUACAGUCAGAAGAUUGAGGGCUCACAUUCGAUUUCAGAGAGACACAAAAUGAGAACACCUCCACGAAGAAUUGGUGCUACGCUGUAAUGAGAGAAACAUCAUCCUUCAAAUGAGAUAAUGACCUCAAUUCCUGUCUGUUCGGGUGGAUCUAAAGGUUUCCAUUGGACUUAAUCUGGUUGUUACAGAACCACCUCAGCUGCCAUUUGCUAUAUCAGUGAAUGCUCUGCUCUUUAAGAUUGUGCUAAAGGCUAUGACAUGAUGGAGCACCCCACCGCCAAACACAAAAACAUUGCCAGUGAAACCAAAGAGAAUAUUGGGGAUGCCAAAGUAAACAAUGAUGCCAAAGAGAAUGGAGAAGGAAAUGCCAGUGAGGGCAAAGUGACCAGUGGCACCAAAGAAAAUCCCAGUGAUGCCAAGGAGAGUACCAAUGGAACACCCAGUGAUAUCACUGAGAACGAUCCUUCCCAUUGUGAUGCCAAAGAAAAGACCAGCAAAAGAGAUAAGAAGCAGGGAGGAGAUGGCCACUCACCCAGCUCCAGCUCCAGUAGCAGCUCUUCUGACAGUGAAGGUGAAGGAAAGCUCAGAUGUGGAGAGAGAAAGAAAAAAGUGAAGCAAGUUAAAGGGACCAAGGGAGAGAGCGACAAAGGGGAAUGCAAGCACUAACAGCAGCGAAGAACCUGGAGGAAAUGUUUAAAAAUGAUUUUGCUAUUUUCUCUUGGCACCUUUAUAUUUUAGAUUAAUCUUUGCCCGCUUGGUUCGAGGUCCUCUACUUCUGUUCACUGUCCUUGACCAGCCUGAGGAGAACUGUUCAGAAUGUACACAGAGUCAUUCAGGAACUUGCACAUCAGUUCAUUCUAGAAUUAUGAGCAGAUGAGUUAGGGGCUCAGAGUUGGCCAUUCAGCCUCUUGUGCAUGCUAUGCUGUUUGAUGAGAUCAAGGCUGGUAGUGGCCUCGCAUCCAUUUUUCUGCCUGGCCCAGUACCAGUUCUCUCCUUCAUUAGGGAGGAUCUCUACCUCUGGGCUCGAAACGAUAAAUGGUACUGCCUCCAUCACACUCUGGGCAAGAGAGUUCCACAUCGUCUUCAUCCACUGAGGGAAAAUAAUCUCUUCAAUCCUCCUUUGAAAGGAAGACCUCUUAUCGUUUAAGCAGUGUCUCCUGUUUAUGGCCUUUCUGACCAGAUCCUCUCACUCUAUUCUGGAGCUUAAUUCAUUGACCUGCAGCUGCCUGGGCCCUAAACCCAGGAACUCUCUCCCCAAAUCCCUCUAAUUUUUUUCUUUAAAAUGCUUCCAUGACCAGGUUUCCCCAACGUCCUAUUGCAGAAUUU